AUGGCGAAGGCAAGCACAAAUUUGGGAUAUCCAACUUAUGUCUAUUCCAGGCCUACCUCCCCCAACAUAGAUUUGCUUAAUGAGUUCCAUUCUUCGGGUGUCACAAUAUUCAAGGGUGCAUUGGAUGAGCGUGAGAAACUAGUGUCGGUUCUUAAAGAAGUUGAUAUUGUGAUUUCUGCAUUAGCAUGCCCUCAAGUUCUUGACCAAUUGAAAAUUAUUGAGGCCAUCAAAGUUGCUGGUAACAUAAAGAGGUUUCUACCGUCAGAUUUUGGAUGUGAAGAAGAUAGAGUAACUGUGUUGCCUUCCUAUCAAGAAUUCCUAAAUAAGAAGAAGAAUAUAAGGAGAGCCACUGAAUUAGCAGAAGGGAUCCCAUAUACUUUUGUGUCUACAAAUUGCUUUGGAGCAUAUUUUGUCAGUUACUUGCUUCGUCCACAUGACCACGAGAAGGAGGACAUAACCGUGUAUGGCAGUGGGGAGGCCAAGGUUGUAUUUAUUUAUGAAGAAGACAUUGGAAGCUAUAUCAUUAGAGUGGCAAAUGACCCAAGCAUGGACCCAAGAACAUGCAAUAGUGUUGUCAUUUUUCGGCGGUCAACGAACACAUUAUUUCAACUUGAGUUGAUUGAACUUUGGGAGGAGAAGAUGGGUCGAAAGCUUAAAAAGAUUCAUGUCUCCGAGGAAGAAAUUGUGAACCUUUCCAAGAGUCUACCAGUCCCCGAGAACAUACCAAUAUCGGUCCUACAUAUAGUGUGUGAUUUGACAAAAAAUAUGUGUAUUUGUGAAGGGGGGUAG